CGCUUCUCUCCUCUCUCUCUCUCUGCAGCGCUUCCACGCUGCACUGCCGUCGGCAGCGUGCGCAGGAGGAGAAAAUUGCGGAGGGGAUCCACAGUUCCAGCCGCGUGUGACGGCGGCGUGCGGUUGCCGCGGCGUGCUGCUCGAGCCGCUUUACGACUGAUCCGAGCGGCUUUUUCCGGCGAUCAUGGCGGACGCGCCCGCCACCGGCGGCGGAUUCCCCGCGCAGGACUACCCCACCAUCGACCCCACCUCGUUCGACGUGGUCCUCUGCGGCACCGGCCUCCCGGAGUCCGUCCUCGCCGCCGCCUGCGCCGCCGCCGGGAAGACGGUCCUCCACGUCGACCCCAACCCUUUCUACGGCUCCCUCUUCUCCUCCCUCCCUCUCCCUUCCCUCCCCUCCUUCCUCUCCCCCUCCCCCUCCGACGACCCCGCCCCCUCCCCUUCCCCCUCCUCCGCCGCCGCCGUCGAUCUCCGCCGCCGCAGCCCGUACUCGGAGGUGGAGACCUCGGGGGCGGUGCCCGAGCCGUCCAGGCGCUUCACCGCCGACCUGGUGGGCCCCAGGCUGCUCUACUGCGCCGACGAGGCCGUCGACCUCCUCCUCAGGUCAGGGGGAAGCCACCAUGUGGAGUUCAAGAGCGUGGAGGGGGGAACCCUCCUCUACUGGGACGGCGAUCUCUACCCGGUGCCGGACUCGAGGCAGGCCAUCUUCAAGGACACCACCCUCCAGCUCAGGGAGAAGAACCUACUCUUCAGGUUCUUCAAGCUUGUGCAGGCCCACAUUGCCGCGUCGGCUGCCGGCGCCGCCGCGGCGGGGGAAGGCGAGGCCUCCGGUAGGCUGCCCGAUGAGGACCUGGACCUCCCCUUCGUCGAAUUCCUCAAGAGGCAGAAUCUUUCGCCCAAGAUGAGAGCGGUUGUCUUGUAUGCAAUUGCCAUGGCGGAUUAUGAUCAGGAUGGUGUGGAGUCUUGUGAGAGGUUGUUAACAACGAGAGAGGGAGUCAAGACAAUUGCUCUUUACUCCUCAUCUAUUGGGAGGUUUGCUAAUGCAGAGGGGGCUUUCAUUUAUCCUAUGUAUGGGCAUGGUGAGCUGCCUCAAGCUUUCUGCCGCUGUGCUGCUGUUAAAGGUGCCCUAUAUGUAUUGCGAAUGCCAGCCACAGCACUUCUUGUUGAUGAGGAAAAAAAGCGUUAUGUAGGUAUCAGAUUGGCAUCUGGUCAGGAUAUUUUGUGCCAACAGUUGAUACUCGAUCCAUCAUAUGAAAUUCCUUCCUUGGAUAUGCCAAGUGAUGCACCAGUAUCAAAUUUGCCAAGAAAAGUUGCUAGGGGAAUAUGCAUAAUCAGCAGCUCUGUGAGACAAGAUACAUCAAAUGUUCUGGUUGUUUUCCCCCCAAAGUCACUAGAAGAGGAGCAAAUUACUGCUGUUCGGGUGCUUCAGUUGAGCAGCAAUUUAGCAGUAUGCCCUCCUGGAAUGUUCAUGGCAUAUCUCUCUACUCCCUGUACUGAUGCCUUCACUGGAAAGAAAUGCAUCAGCAAAGCAAUAGAUGCUCUUUUCUCAACUAAGGUUUCUAAUGAUUUGGAAGAUCAUUUGGAGAAAAACAGUGAAGAAAAUAAGGAGAGUGUGAAGCCAACCCUACUCUGGAGCUGUGUGUAUGUACAAGAGAUUAUACAGGGAACAUCUGGUACUGCAUUGUCAUGCCCCAUACCUGAUGAAAAUAUGGACUACAGGAGUAUACUUGAAUCAACAAAAAUGCUGUUCACUGAUAUUUGUCCUAAUGAAGAGUUCCUGCCUAGAAAUUCAGCUCCCAAAUAUGCUUCUGAUAAUGACUCUGAUUCUGCAGAGUAAAUCCAAACUUGCAAAGGGCUUUGUAUUCUACAUGACAGGGUUAUCGUUGAAGAUAUCUGUUCCAUAUUACAGUGUUCCCCAAAGUCACGGUAAGAAAUAUUGCAGCAAGGGGGAGCCCUUUACGUUGGUGAGAUUUGCCAGGUUUCUCUUUGACUAGAUUGCAGAUGCCUACAUUGUUCCAUCAUUGGUACGACAUAUUAUGAUACUGGUAAAACACUCAAGAGAGAGCGAUGCAGAUGUCCUUGGCAUUUUGACAUUUGGAGAACAUCAUACCACAUGAACCGCUUAGUGUGAUUACUACAUCCAUAUGGUUCUCUGAAUUCUAUGCUGAAUUUGUUGGCACAUAGGAGUACUGUACUACAUAGGAAGGAUACUGCUGAGUUCUAUGCUAAAUCUGUGUAUUUUUGGUGGGCUGCCUGAAUCAUUGUACAAGCGAACGACAGAAAUGGAUAUCAAAUGAGGUCCCUCCGAGAGGGAGUUGCAUUA